AUGAAUUAUAGAAGGAUAGAUAAUAUUAGGGAAAUAAAAAAAGUGGGAAGAUAUUCCUUAUAUAUACUUAAUCUAAAUAAUAUAAAAUAAAGGUUUCCUCCUAAAUAAAUAAGUGUUACCAAUCCUACAAAUUAAAUUAAUUAUGGUAAAAUAUUGGUAAAAAGAUCGCCUUCUAUCUUAUAUUAUUAGAAUUUUCCAUUUAGAUCAAUUUAUUUUUCCUUUCUUGUUAUUAAAUUUAAAUAAUCGUCAAUUUAGAAAUAUUGUAGGUAAGAUGAUAAAGAUAGCAAUUCUUAUGCUUAAAAAUAUAUAUUGAGGUUUUAGGGUAGUCAACAUUAAUAUAUCUUAAAAAGAUUGAUAUUACACAACAAAAGAGCUUUCGCCAGAAACUAAAGAAAUUACACAAAUAGAUAUUGCUCCAAUCAUAAAUGCUUUAUUGGAUUAUUAAGCAUAACUAAUUAUUUUUGGCUUUUGUAGAGUAAUUGA